GGAUGGAGAUACUUCGUAAAGGAUAAACGUUCUAAGUGGAUAGUGUUAUUUAAAUUAUUAAUUUGGCUAAUAAGAGAUAGAAAUGGAGGAUAAUUAACUAAGAAGGCUUUAUAUGCAAAAUAUGGAUAAUGGCGACAGAGAAAGCAUCAAAUCCGAUGUAAUUCAUGACCAUGAAGAUGGGAGACAUGAAAACAUGCGGACACAUACAACAGAUAACAUGAAUAAUGUAGAAGAGGCCCUCGAAGGACAAAACAGAUUCAAGUUGCUACUCAAGUUGCUCAUUUUCAUUCCUUUCAAACUUAACAAGGGAUCUUUAUGGAUUAGCAUUCCGAGUUUUAUUUGGAUGGUCCUCAAUUGUUUGAAACUGGCAUACAUUACAGAGCUUGCCUUUACUGUUGGUGCGUGUCGCGGGAAGCUAAGCUCAGACAUUAUACACGGUCACCUGACUUUGCGUCACGCUCUACUCCAGGGAUGGGAGGCAUCUUAUGAAACACCGCCAUUCCCACCAUCGAUUGGCAGUUUUGCAAUCUACAGCAUUGAAGACUUCAAAACACGAAUAAAUUACUCAGUAUCACAGUACUACAAUAUUCACGAACACACGACUGGAGUUUUUGAAAUACUCACAAAUGAUAAAUUGACCCUCGAGUUCAAAUACUUUGAAUAUGAAGCUGGACAAAUUGUUCCGAAAGGUGUAACCUUUAACCCCGGACCAGGGCUGACAAACAGGACAGUGGACGGUGUUAUAGUAUAUAGUUACAAUGUCAUGGCUGAUUUAAAAAAUCGGAACCUCGAGGAUAUUUUCAAAAGGAUUCUACAGGUGAAUAUAAAGAGUUCUCUUCAUUCCAUCCGGGUCAGAUUCAAUUCAAAGAAGAUCACAUGUUUUGCAAUUGCUGUCAAUGUUACUUUCGAUGAUGAUGAUCAUAACGGACAGGUUGUCAUUGACCUGAAGACAGAUACAAGACCUAUUUCCUGUCGUAUGAUGGCCUUUAACGUUACAGACAAUGGGCCGCUUUGUCCAGAUUUGAACCCCUCGUUGCUGUCAUUGUGCUUUGGAUUUACAACUGCAGCAAUAGUUGGUGAUGCGACAAGUUUCCUGGUUUCUAUGCUUAUUUUAAUCAUUCUCCGAGUCACAUGGAUGAAAAUAGGAGGUGGCAUAUGUUUUCAACCACAGCCGGACACGUUUACACUAUCUAAGCUGUCUUACUUCUUCCAAUGUUGGCUAGUUAUUGCAAUUGCGGGGGAUGGGUUUAUUUUACGUGCAACCGAACCAUUGUUCAAUGCAAUGACUCACAGAGAUGUUCAUCUAACAUUACCUUUGUACGACGGUGUUGCAUUUAACAUUGGGAUGGGAUGUUUGCUCUGCUGGAUUAGCAUAUUGCGUUUCUCAAAGAUCAAUGUCAAAUUAUCUCUACUAUUUCGUACGCUGUAUUAUUCAUUUUGGAACGUAUUUGCUUUUAUGUUGUGUGCGGCUGUGCUCUUUGUGGGAUUUUUUGCUUGUGCAUACGUCUCUCUUGGUGUGUAUCAUGUCAAGUUUGAAAGCCAAGCGAGAACAGCGGAAACAUUAUUUGCAUUAAUAAAUGGAGAUGACCUUUUCAACACGUUUGCUGGUUUAGACGAGAAGAACGCAGGUGAUCCAGUGAAAGUAAAAUUCCACAGAAAUAUAAUUGUGUACAGCUUUGUUGUUCUGUUCACAAUCAUUAUGCUGAAUCUUCUCAUAGCAUUAUAUAACAGUGCGUAUGAAAACGUUACGAAGCAUCAACAGGAAGAGGAUGAAAUUGAUCGUUUCCUUACAAAAACCGUUUUUAAUGCCGGGGAUGAAAUCCCAUUAUUUAUUUUCCUGAACUAUGAAGCUAUGAAGAAGACACAUAACUCAAUUAAGUUAUGGUUUGGCAGAAACAGAAAGUUGAGGUUAAAAAUUAUGUGCUGUUUCAUUAGAAUAUGGCUGGAAGACGACAGUGGGACAUAAACAAAGACAUGAAUAUCACACCGACAUCAAACUAUUCUAACGCAUGCAUAAUAGAUGUUUAUGCUUGUGUUUAUACUCUCGUUUAUAAGUCGAGGAUUCAAAUCCUUUUCUGUCAAACUAUUUAUUUCAUAAAUUACUUUUACGAUUUAAAAAAAAUAUAUUAAAUUGUGGUUUUUGUUUAAGUGUAUUUUGUGACGUGUUUUACAUUUUGUUUUUAAAUUUAAUUUUAAAGUAAUAUUAAGGACUAUAUUUAUAAAGGCUAAAAUUGUUUUAUGUGUACACAAAUCAACUGCUUUUAAUGUAUUAGUCAUUAAAUAAAUAAUUUAUUUUCUUAAUUAUUUAUUUCUUUUUAUAUUACUUCUUCAUUGAAAUUUAUUUUCAAUAAUUCAUUCAUUUAUAAAUUUGAUUUUUAUUUAAAGUAAAAUAUUUUUUUUCAUUUUAAUUUCCAUCAUUUACCGGUUUAUUUAUUCAUAUAUUUCACUAUUCAUUUAUUCUAGGGAUGCAAACGAAUGGCAAAAUUGAUAUUCGAAUAUUCGGUAAUUCUUUCGAACGAAUAUUCGAAUAUUCGAUUACCAAAAUACAUCUUUUAAAAGUUAUAGUAAACUUUUAUAAUAUUCUCUAAAGUAAUAGCCGGGGCAUUUUAGCUUUUCCUUGUCGUAAUAACUACGCGUGGCGGACCCUGAAUAACACCAAAUGAGCCUCUGAAAUUCUUCAUUUCAGAAAGACAAAAAGUCAUACUUUAUCAACAGAGAAAAAUUAACAAAAACUUUUUAUUAAUAUUCCUCUGCCUUCAUAUUUGUAAACAACGUGAACCUAGAUGGAUUUUUGGUCAAAUGGCGUUAUGUGCCAAUGAGAGUCUCCGUAGGACGAGCAGCCUCGUUCUGGGAUUGACCUAUAAUAUAUAAACUACGGAAAAACUAAACCAACUUGGGAACUAGUCUAUUUUAGAUUUUCUUAAUUGGUAGAAGCAAUUUACCUAAAAUAAUUGGAUUUUUUUUCUAUCACUUGUCGUUUUCUGUCACUCCCCGUGUUUUUACAUUAAGCUAGUUAUUGUAAAAACACGGAGACUAUUUAUAGUACCCGACGAUAUGUCCCUAAAUGAUACAUGCCGCGUGUUUAGUGUAUUGUCAUCACAUUCACACCUCUGGCAUUAUGGGCCAAUCGUUGUUUAAACAAGACAAACGAAUCUUAAAUACAACAACAUAGUUGUAGGCAAAAUAUUUAUUAUUAUUAUUAUUCAACAAAAAAAACAUCGAAUAUUCGAAUACCGAUUUUGACAUUCGAAUACCAAACGUUUGAUCGAAUAUUCGAAUAUUCGUUUGCAUCCCUAAUUUAUUCUCAUCCUUGAUUCGUUCGUUCAUUCGUUCGGUCGUUCAUUCGUUCGUUCGUUCGUUCGUUCGUUCGUUUGUUUAUUCAUUCAUUUUCAAUUUAUUUUCAAAAUAUUUUUGUUACUUUUUUUAAUUAUGAUUUACUUGCAUAUCCACUGAAAUAGUUAUCUUAACUUUUAAGACCGGAGAGUGUUAAUUGUCUACUAAAUUUAAUAACAGUUAAAAAUCAAAGUUUUAAUAUGGAAAAUUCUUAUAAAGCGUUUUUACAUAACUGACCAAUACUUUUUGCACCUUAGGUAAGACAUUUUUAAAAAAAAAUAUAUUUGCAGAACUAUUUAAAAUGUGAUAACGUCAAUAUUUUAGAUGGACGAGUUAAUCCUGAACAUAUGGAAAUGUCAUACAGUUAAUAAACCAUGUAAUGAAAGUUAUA